AUUGACAAGAGAGAGAGAGAGAGAGAGACUUUGAAAAACAGAGAAGGUAAAGGUAAUAACUCUUGUAUAAUUACUACAAUAGAUCACAUGUGCUAUCUGAAGGAGUUGUCUAAUGUACAAUUGAAAUGUGUGGUUUGAGUGAAGUCUGGAGCUGACAUAUAGCAAGAAAACUGGUUUCUUGUACUAUUGAGUUGGUCCACGAGUUGUCUCCUCUUGUGGGAAAGUAUUCCAGAUAGUUCCUUUGGGUAAGGAUUGCCUAUGUGCAUCCUCAUUAAUUGCUGAUGCUACUGUCAUGGUCGGCUUGCUGUGGGAUUGUAGUGUUAUUAUCUUCUUGAGAGUUUGAGAUCUCAGAUCUACAAUACAGAAGCAUUGCACUAGAUAAUUUCCUUGUUCCAUCAAGCAUUAUUUUCCAAGUCUUCAAAGUCAUCACCUCUGCAGAAAAAGAAAAAGUGAAAGAAGAAGCUCCUUGGCAAGUGCGCCUCGUGAGUGUACAGUAAAAGAGAAAUUGCAACGAAAGAAGAACAAGGCUGACAACACAGAAGCAGGUCAAUACAGAGGUGCUGAUUUAGUCAUUUUCAACCACACAUUCACAUUGCAGCAGGCACCGAGAAACUAUCUACUUGAGAGUUGAGAUCUCAGAUCUACAAUACAGAAGCAAUCUAGGAAGGCAGAUCGAUAGAAAGGCAACAUUCAACAGAUCGGGCAGAGCAAGCAAGAGAUGGCUUCUCCGAUCAAUGAAGCAGCAGCCGGUUCUUCAUCUUCUUCUCUCUCACGUUCUUCUGCUGAUCACCAAAAUCAUUACAAAUACGAGGUCUUCCUGAGUUUUCGAGGCGAGGAUACGCGCUAUGGUUUUACAGAUCAUUUGUAUACCGCUUUGCGUGACAGGGGAAUUGAGACCUUCAGAGAUGCUGAUGAGCUUAGAAGAGGAGAAGAAAUAUCACCGGCUCUUCUCAAAGCAAUUGAGGAGUCCAGAGUUUCAAUCGUCGUCUUCUCUCCAAAAUAUGCUUCCUCAAGGUGGUGUUUGGAUGAACUUGUCAAGAUACUUGAAUGCAGAAAUUCAAAAGGACAAGUGGUCAAACCGGUUUUCUACAAAGUGGAUCCCUCGCAUGUACGACACCAAAUAGACGCCUUCGGUACCGCAUUUGCUACGCUUCGUGGCAGAUACGGGGAUAUCAUGGACAAAUGGAAGGCAGCUCUUAAGGACGCAGCAGAUUUGUUUGGAUGGCAUCUCAAGGAUGACGAGUAUGUCUCUAACCCCUUCACUAGCUAUUUAAUUAUAUAUAUUUUUGAAGUACGAGACUACAUUUAUCAAGAGAAUUGUUGGGGAGUUGUCCGACCAACUAAAUUUAUCACGGACUUGCAUGUUGCUGAACAUCCAAUUGGAUUAGAGUCUUGUAGACGAGAUGUCAACAAUCUCUUAGGUGCCGAGGGAAAUAUUGUUCGCAUGGUGGCAAUAUGGGGGCCUGGUGGAAUAGGAAAGACCACAAUUGCAAAAGAUGUAUUUAAUUCAAUUAGCCAUAAGUUUGAUUAUAGCUGUUACUUAGCAGAUGUUAGAUCAAUUACAAGUACCACUUCAGAUGGCCUAGCACGACUGCAAGAGAGACUUCUGUUUGAUAUUUUAAGCGACUCAGCUUUGAAGGUGAGCAGUGUUGAUCAAGGAGUCAGUUUUAUAAAGACAAGGAUGCGACAUAAAACAGUUCUCUUACUCCUUGAUGACGUGAGUGAUUAUAGCCAAUUACAGAAGUUGGUUCCAUCCCCAGAUUGUUUUGGGCUUGGCAGUAGGAUUCUCAUAACCACAAGAGAUAAAGGUUGGCUAAGUACCCGAGUUGAUGGAGUAUACGAGGUCAAAAUGUUAGAUGAUGUUCGAUCUUUGAAGUUGUUUAGCUUGCAUGCAUUCGAAGUAAAUGAACCUCCAGAUGAUUACCUGGAACUUGCACGACGUGCGGUACACUAUGCCAAGGGCCUUCCAUUAGCUUUGAUACUUUUAGGCUCUCAUCUAUUUCGUACAAGCAGAGAGGAGUGGGAAGCUACAUUAGAUAGCUGUAAAGGAGAAGAUCCCUAUAGAAAGAUAAGAAACAUUCUCAAAAUAAGUUACGAUGCUUUGGGAGUAGAUUUGCGAGGAUAUUUUCUUGAUAUCGCUUGUUUCUUUAAAGGGCAGUUUGUAGACAAUGUGAAACCAAUACUAGAAGCUUGCUACGACGUCAAAUCAGGGAUUGGUAUUAAAAAACUCCAAGAAAAAGCAUUGAUACGGAUUGACGAUGAGAGUUUCAAGGGUGGUUUUAUUUGGAUGCAUGAUUUGAUAGAAGAAAUGGGUAAAGGCAUAGUGAAUCAGGAGUCACCUGAGGAACCCGGGGAGCGCAGCAGAAUGUGGAGUGAAGUUGAUGUCAAUGACGUUUUAACAUAUAAUACAGGAACAAAGGAAGUUAAAGGCAUUCAAGUCCCGUGGCGAACUUCUACGAUAUCUCUGAAUGCUAAAAGCUUCUCUGGGAUGGAGAAGCUUAGAUAUAUUUCCAUAAGCCCUAACCUGAAUUAUGAUUUCUUUUCUGGAGACAUUGAUUAUCUCUCCAAAGAAUUGAGGUGGCUUGAUUGGCCAAAAUGUCCGUUGCAAUGUUUUCCAUCCAAUUUUCAUGCAAAGAAACUUGUAAAUCUCAAUGUUUCUGGGAGUUGCAGAAUCACACGACUCUGGGAGGGACGUAAGAAUUUUUCAACGCUAACAUGUAUGAAUCUAAGUGGUUGUGAAUCCCUAAAGGAACUCCCACACUUCAGUGGAAUGCCCAACUUAAAGAAGUUGAAUCUAUCUGGGUGUACCAGUUUAGUUGAGGUUCCGGAUUCAAUUCGAUUCCUUCAUAACCUUAAGAGUCUUGAUGCGAGUAGAUGCUCGAAACUGGCUACAUUUCCAAAAAUUCUAGUAAAAAUGGAUUCCUUGAGACUACUCUCUCUUAAAGGCAGUGACAUAAGAGAAUUGGAUGAGUCAAUUAAAAAUCUCAAUGGGCUUGAAGAGUUGGAUCUUAGUGGUUGCAAAAAUCUCACAACUCUACCGUGCAACAUUUAUGGGUUGCAGAAUCUAAAGACUCUUGAUGCGAGUGGAUGCUCAAAAUUGGCUACAUUUCCAAAAAUUCCAGUAAAGAUGGAUUCCUUGAGACGACUCUCUCUUUCAGGCAGUGACAUAAAAGAAUUGGAUGAGUCAAUUGAAAAUCUCACUGGGCUUGAAUAUUUGGAUCUUACUGAUUGCAAAAAUCUCACAACUCUACCGUGCAGCAUUUAUGGGUUGCAGAAUCUAAAUACUCUUGAUGCGAGUGGAUGCUCAAAACUGGCUACAUUUCCAAAAAUUCCAGUAAAGAUGGAUUCCUUGAGACGACUCUAUCUUAAAGGCAGUGACAUAAGAGAAUUGGAUGAGUCAAUUGAAAAUCUCAAUGGGCUUGAAGAGUUGGAUCUUAGUGGUUGCAAAAAUCUCACAACUCUACCGUGCAGCAUUUAUGGGUUGCAGAAUCUAAAGACUCUUGAUGCGAGUGGAUGCUCAAAACUGGCUACAUUUCCAAAAAUUCCAGUAAAGAUGGAUUCCUUGAGACGACUCUUUCUUAAAGGCAGUGGCAUAAGAGAAUUGGAUGAGUCAAUUGAAAAUCUCAAUGGGCUUGAAGAGUUGGAUCUUCGUGGUUGCAAAAAUCUCACAACUCUACCGUGCAGCAUUUAUGGGUUGCAGAAUCUAAAGACUCUUGAUGCGAGAGGAUGCUCAAAACUGGCUACAUUUCCAAAAAUUCCAGUAAAGAUGGAUUCCUUGAGACGACUCUUUCUUAAAGGCAGUGACAUAAGAGAAUUGGAUGAGUCAAUUGAAAAUCUCAAUGGGCUUGAAGAGUUGGAUCUUCGUGGUUGCAAAAAUCUCACAACUCUACCGUGCAGCAUUUAUGGGUUGCAGAAUCUAAAGACUCUUGAUGCGAGUGGAUGCUCAAAACUGGCUACAUUUCCAAAAAUUCCAGUAAAGAUGGAUUCCUUGAGACGACUCUUUCUUAAAGGCAGUGACAUAAGAGAAUUGGAUGAGUCAAUUGAAAAUCUCAAUGGGCUUGAAGAGUUGGAUCUUCGUGGUUGCAAAAAUCUCACAACUCUACCGUGCAGCAUUUAUGGGUUGCAGAAUCUAAAGACUCUUGAUGCGAGAGGAUGCUCAAAACUGGCUACAUUUCCAAAAAUUCCAGUAAAGAUGGAUUCCUUGAGACGACUCUAUCUUAAAGGCAGUGACAUAAGAGAAUUGGAUGAGUCAAUUGAAAAUCUCAAUGGGCUUGAAGAGUUGGGUCUUAGAGGUUGCAAAAAUCUCACAACUCUACCGUGCAGCAUUUAUGGGUUGCAGAAUCUAAAGACUCUUUAUGCGGGAGGAUGCUCAAAACUGGCUACAUUUCCAAAAAUUCCAGUAGAGAUGGAUUCUUUGAGACGACUCUCUCUUAAAGGCAGUGACAUAAGAGAAUUAGAUGAGUCAAUUGAAAAUCUCAAUGGGCUUGAAGAGUUGGGUCUUAGAGGUUGCAAAAAUCUCACAACUCUACCGUGCAGCAUUUAUGGGUUGCAGAAUCUAAAGACUCUUUAUGCGGGAGGAUGCUCAAAACUGGCUACAUUUCCAAAAAUUCCAGUAGAGAUGGAUUCUUUGAGACUACUCUCUCUUAAAGGCAGUGACAUAAGAGAAUUAGAUGAGUCAAUUGGAAAUCUCAUUGGGCUUGAAUAUUUGGAUCUUACUGAUUGCGAAAAUCUCACAACUCUACCGUGCAGCAUUUAUGGGUUGCAAAAUUUAUGGUUUCUUGAUCUUGGUGAAUGCUCAAAACUUGUCAGAUUUCCAACAAAUACCAAGAUUUUGAAUGUCGACGGUUGCUCAGUAUCACUUCCCAAGCUAGGUGUGUUCAGUAUCGCGGGAUGCAGUUCAUUAUCAGAUUGUGAUUUCCUGAUGACUCUUGAUUGCUGGGAAACAUUACAGUGGCUUAAUCUGUCAAGAAACAAUUUUGUUAGUCUUCCUGCUUGCCUCACCAAAUUUGUCAAGUUGCGGGAUCUUGACUUUUCCGGUUGCAAGAGACUCCGAGGAAUUCCGGAGCUUCCACCAAAAGUUAAACUACAAACCUGGGGUUGUGAAUCACUGGAGGAAAGAUCCUCGACAUUGAUAGAGGCUAUCUCCCCAAUCCUCAUGAUCCCUGACCUGCCGACCCAUCACGGUGGCUGGCGUGGCUGGCGUUCGUAUCUUCAACAAGAGCGGGAGCGUGUUCCCAUCGCUCAAUUAGUCCACAACUUCAACACCAUAAGGAACCAACCGAGUUGUUAAGGCUUUCUCUGUCUUUAGAGCAAGAUUUCAACAUUUCUCAGGUUUGGGUAUGACCCUGUUUUGAGGCUGUCUUCAUCUGCUAUUUACUCAUCAAUCUGAGUUCUAGCCUGGCUUUGGCUAAGAAUCUUGCUUCAAGGUGAUGCGGCAGGGGUGUGCUGACCUUCUUGAGGAAAAUGAAAUUGGUUUUCAUUGUUUCUAAGGAUGGAAUUGGUACUGUUAGAGCGGUAUGCUGAUUUGAA